AUGCCCCCACCCACCUGUCUUGGGUGUGGUGGGAAGUGGGUUGUUGUUGGCGGGGGGUUGUGCAGUGUGUGCCGCACUGUCGACCGCCUAGCUGCUCUGGCCAGGGGGCCGUUGGUGCCAAGGGAGUCAGAGGAGGAACUCCUGCACCUACUCCGGUCGUGGGUGGCUAGGCUCCAGGACUUGGGCGAACUUCACCGGGGUGUGGUGCCUAGCCCUCAGGUGAACCUAAGCCAGUUUGCAGCGGGUGUUGUGCCACCACCUGUCGAUUCUGAGCCGGGCGCCACCUCUAAGGCUGGAGCAGUACCCCCUGCGGUUGAAUUCUUCCGUCGAGCUCCUGGCGGUCCUAUUCCCCCUGUUGGACUUGACGGUGGUCCUGAAGUUGCCGGGGAGGGUAAAGGUGGCCCCUCCUCUUCAGCCCGUGGACUUUCUCCUCAAGCCAAGGCUGAACGAUCUCCAGCCUCCCCUGUGCAUCCAGAAAAGAAGAGGAGCAAGAAGUCAAGAAGCGGGCGUCGAACGAGUCGCAGUCGCCAGCGGAGGAGAUCCGACAAGUCGCCUUUAGCCAGCCCAGUCCGCCCAGCCGGGGUAAAAAGGGAGAGGGAGGCCAGCUCUUCUCCUAGGGACGCUCCUAGAACCCGAAGACCCAGAUCGCCUCCCAGGAGGUCUCCAGUCCGAGCGCCCAGAACUCCACCUAGGAGUCCCCCACGCCGAGAGCAUCGGGAGCGUCCAGAGCCCACACAUAGGCCAGAGGGGCCUCACUGGCGGGGGCCGAUUCCUGCGCGGCGCCCUGAGCCUCCACCUGGAUCAGGGAGGCACUACGGGAAGAAUAAGGGCGCUUCGAAGAGGCAGCGCCAGAGGGACUUCAACAACAACCGCCAGAGGCCUGCGGCGGUAGGGCGGGCAAAAGCAGCUGUUGCCCCUCGUCGCGUGAGGGGAGGUGCCCUCAGGAGACCUGCAGGAAAGCCUGAAGAGGAGGGGCCUCCUGAGGCUGACGUUUUGGAUUCAGCUCACCUUACGCUGGAUCAAUGCCAGAACCUCAAGGAUGUGGAGGUCGUGGAAGGUACCUACUGGGCCGAAGCUGUGACGGCGGUGUUGCGGGUGCUGGAGGUUCGCAUCAAGAAUGGGUCUUUGACUAUGGCUGUGGAGGUUCUGGGUACCCAGAACGAGUCGCUUCUCAAGGCGGCCAGUGGUCUUCCGGGCCGUCGGAUGGAAGGGCAUUUGUGUCCAGCCACUUGUCCCGGGACGCCCCACGCCGAGGGGCUCCUGCACUUGCGCAAGCUACGCAUGUUGGGUGCUCAUCGAGAGAGCUGGAUGAGCAACCUGAUGGACGCCGGCGCAGGCGCCGAAGGAGAGGACGAGAUGGAGGAGGUUCGAAGAGAUCGACUUCAGCGGAAGCGCAGGACAGAGAAGAUCGGGAGGGGGCAAUCUUACUCUCCCAGCCCUCCUCUAAGAGACGAAGUUGGGCAGAAGGACAAGAAGGAAAAGAAAACCAAGAAGAAGCGGAAGACGUCCGAGAUCAAGAUCGAGGUGGAGAAGGAGUUGGGCGCCCUCUUUCGGCAUACUGGUCUGGACCCCGACCCUGUCAUCAGGAGGCGUCUCAAGAGGAAGGCAGCCAAGUUGGCCAAGCGGAAGCGGGGGGGGCGAUCCAGCGGGAGCAGCGGCUCCUCGGAGGAGACAUCCAGCAGCCUGGCUGGGCCCGAUCAGGCCUUGUUCGGAUCCACCAACAAGGCCCUCAAAGUGGGUCGGCAGUUUCCGGGUGUGCUGUGCUCAGCCGCCCUCGAGGAGAUUUCAGAGACCCUCGUGAAUCAGGAGGGGGGUGUCUGGAAUUUGCAGGGGGCGUUACCGCCCCUGUUCUGUCGGUAUUACCGGCAUCAGCUCCUUUCCAGGAUGUCUCCACCGAUGGCCAGAGAGGCACACACACUGGCCUUCGGUUUGGACUUGAUGCUGAGAGGCCGCCCAUCCGAGCUCAUGGACUUGAUGGCACAACGUCUGAAGAGUUUGGAAAUGAUGUCGAACGGUGUGCAUUACACUGUCGCGCAACAGCAAGAGAUGUUGGUGAAGGACUCGACAUCUAUGGCUUCAGUUCAGGAGUUUCAGGAGGCCAGCAGACUGGCAAGGGAAGAAGGGAAGGCGAGGAGCGAUGCAUCCCGCCCCUAUGGAACUCGAGUCGGGGGGGGCAACAGGACGGAGGAGUGGCCCCGCUCUGGCGGCAAGAAGGGGGGCGGGAAAGGCAAGUCAGGCAAAGGAGGCGAUCAAAAGAAAGGCGAAGGCGAGAAAGGAGGGGAGAAGAAAAGCAAAGGGAGCAGGUUAGAAGAAGAAGAGGAGAGGUUGGAUGAAGGGGUGACUCCUGCGGCACGGGAGUCGCCUGACCGAGAGGCAAUGGGUGGGGCCUGGCCACUUGACGAGAUGCAGCGCUGGGCACCACCUGGAGUCUCUUGGAGUGAGGGUGCAUGUGGACUGCCGGCUGAGGCGAGGGCAAGCGUGAUGCCGCCUUUGCCUGGGCCGGAUGGCUUAGAGUUUUUGAAUUCAGCAGGCCCUGCGAAGAUGGGGGCUGAUUUUUCUUCAACCUUUUGCGGUAGCGCGGUAGACACGAAACUUAGCCUGGCAGGACUUUCUUUUUCAGAGCUUGGGCCUUAUUUUCUGGAUGCCCUGCAACAUGUCUUGAAGAGGCAGCAUCGCAAGACCUUGUCCACGGCAAAGGAUGUUAUUUUUCCAUUGCCUUUGACGGGGUAUCCAGAGGUAGGGCCUGAGAAGGCAGCUUGGUUGGCGGCGAUCCUUUUGGGAUUGAACUCCAUGUAUGGAGUAGGCGAAGCUGGAGCCACUCGUGUGACCGACGCGCAGAAAAAAGUUGCAGCUACCGUUCUGGCUUUCCUGGACCGCAUGUGGCCCCUUAACGAGAAGGUUCCUGACACCCCCUUUUCUGAACUGUUUUUGACCAGAGGUAUCGAUUAUAGAGGUGAUGAAAUCAAACUGGCGUGUUCUUUCACUUGGAAAAGUAUUUCUGGUGCACUCCCGUCGGAAGUGGGGAGUUUGGAGCUGGAAGCUUUCUGUGUGGGGGGAUGUCAACAGUAUGUGACUCAUUUCACUGACUAUCUUUUACCUACUGAUUUGCAGCAGUUGGGGAAGGUUCCCAAAGUGAUGGUCUCUGAUGAAGAAUGGCCCGAUGUUGUCCGGGGGCUCCUGAAAGCCAAGAUCUGUGGGACUUUCCAAGGGGAUACGGGAACGUUGCCCACCAUUGCGGGCUUCAAUGCGUUCUUUUUGGAAGACUCCGAGAUUGCCAUGUUGGCCAGUGAAGACAUUAAGCUCUACUGGUUGACUUGGGAGCUUUGCAAUGAAGAGGGAAUGCAACUCCUGGCUCCUCGUCAUCAAGGCUGGGCCAAGGUAACGCCUGUCGAACUCACAGCAGAAGUGAUGUCCAAGGAGUUCCUGGAGCCAGGGUGGUUUGUUCCACCUGGGCAGCGGCUGGCGACCUUUACCACGUCUCGGCCGUCUAACAUGCCAGGACGACGCCCAGCUGGGAUCCACACCUGUGACGAGGGUGCUUUGAGGAUACAAGCCCACGGAUCAGGGGUGCCAUUCCGGGAGCGUGGCGUUGUCACGAGUUUUGCGCUCUCAGCGGUCUCAUCGCUCUCAGCGCUCCGUGUCCAGAUUCAGAUCGUCCUCGCCAAGACGCGGGCGCUCAACGUCUUUGGGCUCUUCCCCAAAGCGUCAGAGGGAGGAGAUCUGAAUGGGCUGGAACUCGCGCAGAGCUUGGCUUGCCAUCACCGCCUGGGUCACGACGUCGCAGCCGCAGUUCCAGUGGAAGAAGGACACGAACACCACGACGAAAGAUCAGGGUAUCAAGAUCCACGACCCCAGCCGGAUCCAAGUGAUCCUGAUCAAAAGCUGCUGAGCCAGCGUGGUCUCAUGGACUCUGUUGCUGGUGGCAAGAAACGGCGUGAAUGCUACGUUGGAAAUCUUCCACAGAACAAGGCGGACGAGGCCAUGUUGCGGGAAGCCUUCACUCGUCUCUUCCAUGCCUUGCCCGCCUUUGUGGAGCGAUAUCCAGACGUUGUCGAUCCGGUGAAGUCCAUCUUCUUUCCACCCAAAGGCGAAGGUAUGUUUGCAUUCGUGGAGUUCAUGGAUGAUGUACUCACCACCACUGCCAUUGCAAUGAAUGGCUUUGAGAUGCUGGGGAGGCAUGUCCGUGUUGGCCGUCCGCAGCAUUAUAUACCGGCACCCAACGGAGAAAAUCCACAGCUUGAUGUGCAACCAUUGCGGGAGAGAGGUCUCAUCUCACCUAUCGAAGAGCCUGAAGUUGGCAAGGCUUGGGGCAAGACUUGGGGAAAGCCGGGUCAGGAGCUGGGUCAGCAGUGGUUCACCCCGAUGUUUGGCGACACUCUCGAGUAG